GAAACAUUGGGCGAUUUCAGAUAUGAAGCUUUUAUUAUUUCUUACUAUUUUAAAAAACAAAAAAAGAAACUCCUUUGUUCUUUUCUCUUUUCUUCUUCCUGCUAGUUCAUUUUAGGUUGGCUUUUUCUUUUUUUUAAAAUAUUUUGCUCGCCUGUACUCUUCCUCUACAGCCUUCCAAUUGAUCUACAAUCUUUAACAGAUGGCCUUCAAGUUUGAAUUGGAGCAAUGGCAAAAAGCCUGUGAUGCAUUUGAUAGUAACAACUAUGACGAAGCAUUAAAGACUUUCAUUAGCAUAGCCGAUAACGCAAAGAUGCAUUUUAACAUUGGAUCUAUUUUCACUGUUGUGAACGAUCAUAAACGGGCUAUCACAGCGUUUAAUCGCGCUAUUGCAAAAGACCCUUAUUUUGCGGUUGCUUACUUUCAAAGGGGUGUCUCUUUAUUCUUACUGGGUAAUUUAGAAGCAGCCAAGUUUGAUUUUGACAGCGCCUACCAGCGAUUACGAGGCAAUACUUUGAUCAAUUACCAGCAACUAGGUUUACCUUUCCGUCUUUAUGCUUGUGAAGUUCUGUUCAACCGAGGCAUUUGUCAGCUUUAUUUAAAUAAAAUAGAUGCUGGCCUUACUGAUCUUUAUCAUGCUCAAAAAUCAAAAGAAACCGAAGAGCACGAUAUUAUUGAUCAAGCAGCCAGAGCAAGGGGGAAAGGCUACUCAGUUUACUCAGUGCCUCCAGGACUAUUGUUCCGUCCUUCUGAUAUAAGAUUACGUCAAUUGAAGGGCAUCGACAUGUUUCAUGACAAGUUAUCCUACCCUUAUACAGUAUCUAAAAGAAAGAAUUCGAUUUUUGUAUAUAAUAUGCAUUCUGUGCCACCCUCUACUGAAAUUUCACAACCUCCAACGACGCCAACAACAACCACAACUAUAACAGACAUGCUACAUAAUGUGGACACAAGACGCAGUCCUGUGACUUCUUUCUCAUCCGCUUCGUCAUCCUCGUCAAUCAAUACCUUCCUUCAUUCGCCUGUAUCGCCUAUUCUUCAGCGUGAAGAUUCCAUUAACCGAAAUAGCAGUAAUUCUACUGCUUCUGCUUCUAGUCAUACGAGCACGAACAAGAAAGACUUUAUAACAAAGACCAAUACCAAUCAAAAGAAGAAUGACUUAACCAUUACUACUAGGCAUACUUUCCUCAACGACCUUAAUAACAAUAAUAAUACCAGCCACGAACCUAUUCCCACGCUAACGCCUACAACACCUACUAUAGUCAAUAGCGGUAACAGUAAUAGACCUGUUGAUGAUAUUGUCACAACACCUGGUACUGCUGCAUCAUCUGUUCAUUCUUCCUCAGCCACACAAUUUUCAACCACCAACUUGGCUGCUGUGAGUCCAAGUUCAUCUCAGACUUCGCUUGUCAGCAAUAAUCUCAUCAAUGGAAAAUUAAAAAUUAAAUGUCAUUUUACAGAUACGCGCAUAAUUUUAUCUUCAUUAGAUAUCCGAUAUGAAGAAUUGGUUUCAAAAGUAGCAGAGAAAUUCCAGAUUGAUCCAAAAUCAAUCCAGCUUGCUUAUAAAGAUGAUGAAGAAGAGAAAGUGCUGAUGAUUGAUGACGAUGACCUUGAUAUGGCAAGACAGAUCAACAGAGCCAGGCAACAGCAGUCUUUUUCUGCGGUCGAAAAAUUAGAAAUUUGGAUUCUGUAAUAAAAAUACUCAAUACCAGGUUCACAUUUAAGCUUGUGUUUGCGAUGGGCCACUCGCUUGCUCGCCGUCUAAUAAAAUUCAUGCCUUUUUAACAAUUCAG